GACAGACGCUUGCAGGAGGAUUGUGCGGAGGUAAUAAUCAUUACUGGAAGCAGGUUUGACAUGGCAGAGGCAGGUAAUGGGUCUCCUACUGCUGUUCCCCAAAACUUCGGCGAUGGGUCCCCUACUGGAGUUUUUUGUGACCAGCCAACAACGAGCGAAACGACUUUGGUCAGACAACCGAAAUCAACAGCUGAUGAAAAGCCCUAUAUGUGUGAGGAGUGUGGGUACAGGACAGCCAGGGAGUCUCACUUAUCCCAACACAUGAGAAUUCAUACUGGAGAAAAACCAUUCAAGUGUAACCAGUGUGACUAUUCUGCUGCGCAAAAAUCCAGUUUGGACCUACAUCUAGCCAAACACACAGGUGAUAAGCCCUACAUGUGUGGGGAGUGUGGGUACAGGACAGCUAAGAGGUCUCAUUUAGCUGAACAUAGGAGAAUUCAUACCGGUGAAAAACCAUUCAAGUGUGACCAGUGUGACUAUUCUGCUGCACAAAAAUCCAGUUUGGACCUACAUCUAGCCAGACACGCCGGUGAGAAACCCUACAUGUGUGGGGAGUGUGGGUACAGGACAGCUGCGAAGUCUCAUUUAUCCCAACAUAUGAGAACUCACACCGGUGACAAACCCUACAAGUGUGGCCAGUGUGACUAUUCUGCUGCACAAAAAAACACUUUGGACCUACAUCUAGCCAUGCACGCCGGUGAGAAACCCUACAUGUGUGGGGAGUGUGGGUACAGGACAGCUCGGAAGUCUCAUUUAUCCGAACACAUGAAAACUCAUACUGGUGAAAAGCCCUACAAGUGUGACCAGUGUGACUUUUCUGCCGCACGAAAAGACAAUUUGGACCGACAUCUGGCCAAACACACUGGUGAUAAGCCCUACAUGUGUGGGGAGUGUGGGUACAGGGCAGCUCGGAAGUCUCAUUUAUCCGAACACAUGAAAACUCAUACUGGUGAAAAGCCCUACAAGUGUGACCAGUGUGACUUUUCUGCCGCACGAAAAGACAGUUUGGACCGACAUCUGGCCAAACACACUGGUGAGAAGCCCUACAUGUGUGGGGAGUGUGGCUACAGGACAACUCGGAAAUUUGAUUUAGUCGAACAUAUGAGAACUCAUACUGGUGAAAAACCCUACAAGUGUGAGCAGUGUGACUAUUCUGCUGCUCACAAAAAAAGUUUGAACCAACAUCUAGCCAAACAUACUGGUAAUAAGCCCUACAUGUGUGGGGAGUGUGGGUACAGGACAACUCAGAAGUCUCAUUUAGUUGAACAUAUGAAAACUCAUACUGGAGAAAAACCCUACAAGUGUGACCAGUGUGAUUAUUCUGCUGCACUCAAAUCCAGCUUGAAAAAACAUCUAGCCAUGCACACUGGCGAUAAACCCUACAUGUGUGGGGAGUGUGGGUACAGUACAGUGCAAAAGUGUAACAUAUCCCAGCAUAUGAGAACUCACACCGGUGAAAAACCCUACAAGUGUGACCAGUGUGACUAUUCUGCUGCACAAAAAUCCGCUUUAGACAAGCAUUGUAAAAGACACCAUUAAAGGCCUACAUAUUUUUGCAGUACCAUUUCGGUCAUCUAAACAAACUCGUUCAUCCGAACAGCUGGUCUUGUAUGUCAUCUAGCUGGAUUAACAGACCAGUAAGAAACUCUGCGCAUUAUUUUACUAUGUCUGUGACAUAAAUUACAGUUUCAGUGACUACCAUAUAAGAACAUAACUGAUCAGUGAAAAUAUGAAACUAUAAGUCAGUCAGUCAUGAAAGUUUAAUAAAAGU